AUGCUCUUCCUCUUCACAAAGUACUUAUCCAGGGGCAGCAAGAACGCGGCAGCCGGCGACGCCGACAGGAGGCAGAGGCAGAGGCAGAAGCAGAAGCAGCGCGAGAUGCCGGCGGCAUCGGCGUCGAAUGGGGCUGCGGACCGCGAGCACGGGUGCAUGCCCGGCUGCGUGCCGGUGCGCGCCAAGCGGACGGCCACGGUUACGACCGUCACGACCACGUCGGCGAGGACGUCGCGCCACAACUUCGUCAGGUCGGCCGCGUCGGGGCUCUUCCCCGGGGCGCCGGUGUUCACCAACCACGAGUCCCUCCCGCCGCUCCCCGAGGCCUACUCGGAGUUCGCCUCCGCGUUCCCGCAGUACGGCGGGCUUGCCGGCUCGGCGGACGCGAUCAGGGACGGGGAGUACCGGCACCUCGACCGCCACGUCUGCCUGGACUACAACGGGAUGAACCUCUUCUCCCACGCGCAGAUGAACUCGUCGCUGCCGUCCACGUCAGCUCCGGCGGAGCCGUCGGCGUGGCAGCCGCCCUUCUUCGACAUCGCGUACAGGUCCGCGAGCCUGCGGUCGCAGGUGCAGCAAUGUGGGGACGGCACGGCCGCGCAAUCCGCGGCGGGAGGCAUCAGCGGCGCCGUCACGAGGCGCAUCAUGGCGUCCCUUAAGAUCCCCGAGGACGAGUACACCAUGGUGUGCACGGCGAACCGGACCACGGCCUUCCGGCUGCUGGCGGAGUCCUACUCCUUCACUCCCGGCGGCGGCAGGAAGAAGCUGCUCUCCGUGUACGACUACGAGAGCGAGGCGGUGGGUGCCAUGGCUCAGUGCGCGCGCAGCCGCGGCGCGGAGGUCAUGAACGCGAGCUUCGCGUGGCCGAGCAUGCGCGUCCACGCCGCAGACCUCCGCAAAAAGCUGCUCCGUGGGCGGCGGCGGCAGCGCGGCCGCGGGCUCUUCGUGUUUCCGCUGGUGUCCCGGAUGACCGGCGCGAGGUACCCGUACCUCUGGAUGAGCGCCGCGGCGGAGCAGGGGUGGCACGUGGCGCUGGACGCGUGCGCGCUCGGCGCCAAGGACCUCGACACCCUCGGCCUCUCCCUCCUCCGCCCGGACUUCAUCGUCUGCAACUUCUUCAAGGUGUUCGGCGAGAACCCCUCGGGCUUCGCCGGGCUGUUCGUCAAGAAGGCCAGCCUCGGCGCGCUCGAGCGCUCCGCGGUCGCGCGCAGCAUCGGCAUCGUCAACAUCGUUCCGGCGCGGCGGUGGUCGCUUCGCGACGAGUAUUCCACCGACCUGGAGCACUCGCUCACCUUCCCCAAAGCGGGCGACCCGCCAACGGCGGACGAUGUCGAUACCACCUGCUCAUUUUCCGGCCCGCUCAGCGCCACCGCCACCGGUCGCAGGACAGACGAGGCCGAGAACGGCGACACGCCGGAAAUUUGCGAGGUCGACCGUAGGCCAUCCGAAGCCGAAGAAGACAGUCGGCCAUGGCCGCCGCCGGGAGCAGCCGAAGCAGAGGAGGAGCGCAUGCUGGAGGUGGAGUGCAGGGGGCUGGACCACGCGGACGCCCUGGGCCUCAUCGCCAUCGGCAACCGGCUGCGGUGCAUCAGCAACUGGCUGGUGGUGGCGAUGCAGAAGCUGCGGCACCCGCACCCGGAGCACGGCGGCGGGAAGCAGCUGGUGCGGGUGUACGGGCCGCGCGUCAAGUUCGAGCGGGGGCCCUCGCUGGCGUUCAACGUGUACGACUGGAAGGGGGAGAAGGUGGCGCCGGCGCUGGUGCAGAAGCUUGCCGACCGGCAGGCCAUCUCCCUCACCUGCGGCUUCCUGCGCAACAUCUGGUUCGCCGAUAAGUACGAGGCCGACAGGAGCGCCGUUCUUGAGCAGGCAAGCGACGGCGGCGGCGAGGUGGGGAUCCACGUGGUGAAUGCGUCGCUGGGGUUCUUGAGCAACUUCGAGGACGCGUACAAGCUGUGGGCGUUCGUGGCCAAGUUCUUGGACGCCGACUUCGUGGAGAAGGAGAGGUGGAGGUACACGGCGCUCAACCAGAAGACCGUCGAAGUGUAG